GGGACAGGGCAGAGCUGCGCUGAGUAGGGCUGAACUAGUCCAGAGCAGUACUAAGUCGAGAGAGAGGUAGCUAAAAAAAAGUGAAAAAAGGAGAGAGAGCCAGUGCAGAUUGUGUUCUACAAAGCAGACUGGAUUAACAGCUGAAACAAACUGGACCUGUUUUUCUCUCUUUAGUUGAAGGUAGAGGCUCAGCGACAACGUGGAUGGCUGGUUAGACAGAGCAGCAUGCUGGUUAAGUACCAUGGCAGUCGCACACAGACCAUCUCACUCUUCCUCGCUGUUAGUAUGGUGAAGAUCUCUUCUUUAGUUGGGUUAAGUUUGCCUUGGACUUGCUGGUGUGGGAGGCUCACUUGCAGCAACAUUGACCCCCGACUCUACUUUGCAGGUUCUGUCUCCCCUGGAGUUGGACUCUUAAUUUUUGGCUUUUGACCCCUGGAACAGGAAAGGGUUUUUGAUUUGGCAGGGGACGAGACCUGCUGAGAAUCAGUCUGGACUUGAAGCACGAGCAUUUAUUCAUAAUCGCUGGACAGCAGGAACAUUUCUUUUACUACACCGGCACUGAGACUGAGACCGCGCUGGAGGCGUGUAUUUAAAAGGACCUCUCUGGCCUCUAUUGCCCCAGGACCAUGGGUGCUCUCUGGGGCAGCAUUUUGCUGCUGUGUGGGGUGGUUCUGCUCAGGACGGAGGGCAGCGGAGCCCAACAGACCAAGAACAACGUCCCCCGGCUAAAACUCUCCUAUAAAGACAUGCUGGAGUCAAACAACCUUGUGACGUUUGAAGGCCUGGCCAACAGCUCGGCUUACCACACCUUCCUGCUGGACGAGGAGAAAGGAAGACUGGUGGUGGGAGCCAAGGACCACAUCUUCUCCUUUAACCUGCUCAAUAUCAGCAGAGACUACGCACAGAUCCCCUGGCCGGCUUCACCCACCAGAAGAGAUGAAUGCAAGUGGGCAGGAAAAGAUCUCUCGAGGGAGUGUUCAAAUUUCAUCAAGGUGCUGCAGCCAUUUAACCAGACCCAUCUCUAUGUGUGUGGGACAGGAGCCUUCCACCCUGUGUGUUCCUACCUGGAGGUGGGCAAGAAACCCGAGGACAGUGUCUUCAGACUGGAGCCUCUUAUAGAAAAUGGCCGUGGGAAGAGUCCCUAUGAUCCCAAGUUACUCACUGCCUCCAUGCUAAUUGAUGGAGAACUGUAUGCUGGGACAUCAGCUGACUUCAUGGGGCGGGAUUUUGCCAUCUUUCGCACUCUCGGAAAGCAUCACCCAAUCAGGACAGAACAGCAUGACUCCCGCUGGCUAAAUGAUCCCAGAUUUGUCGGUGUUCAUCUAAUUCCAGAGAGCGACAACCCAGAAGAUGACAAAAUCUAUCUAUUCUUCAAGGAGAACGCUAUGGAUGGAGAGCAUGCUGGGAAGGCCACGCACGCUCGCAUCGGACAGCUCUGCAAAAAUGACCUGGGAGGUCACAGGAGUCUGGUAAAUAAGUGGACCACCUUCCUGAAAGCUCGACUUAUAUGCUCCGUGCCUGGCAGUAACGGAAUAGACACACAUUUCGAUGAACUACAGGAUGUUUUUCUCAUGAGCACAAAGGAUCCUAAGAGCCCGAUCAUCUAUGCAGUAUUCACCACUUCCAGCAACAUCUUCAAAGGUUCAGCGGUGUGUAUGUACAGCAUGACAGACAUCAGGAGAGUGUUCCUGGGUCCGUAUGCUCAUAGAGAUGGACCAAACUAUCAGUGGGUGCCUUUCCAGGGACGUGUUCCCUACCCACGGCCCGGCACAUGCCCAAGCAAGACGUUUGGAGGAUUUGAUACAACCAAGGAUCUUCCUGAUGAAGUGGUAACCUUUGCCAGAAGCCACCCGGCCAUGUUCAACCCUGUCUACCCCAUUAACAAUCGACCAAUCAUUGUCAAAACAGAUGUGGACUACCAGUUUACUCAGAUAGUGGUGGACAAAGUAGAAGCAGAAGAUGGCCAGUAUGACGUCAUGUUCAUAGGCACAGACAUGGGGACGAUACUGAAAGUGGUGUCCAUCCCCAGAGGCUCCUGGCAUGAUCUGGAGGAAGUCCUACUGGAAGAAAUGACUGUCUUCAGGGAGCCAACAGCCAUUACAGCAAUGGAACUUUCAACAAAACAGCAACAACUGUACCUUGGCUCAGACAUUGGGGUGUCCCAGAUGCCUUUGCAUCGGUGUGAAGUUUACGGGAAGGCCUGUGCUGAGUGCUGCCUGGCAAGGGACCCUUACUGUGCAUGGGAUGGCACCGAGUGCUCCAGAUAUUUUCCCAUGGCUAAGAGGAGAACAAGGAGGCAAGAUAUCAGGAACGGAGACCCACUCACACAGUGCUCAGAUCUGCAACAUCACGAUGAACUCAGUGGGCAGACGACUCUCCUGGACAAAACUGUGUACGGUGUGGAGAACAGCAGCACUUUCCUUGAGUGCAGUCCCAAGUCCCAGAGGGCUCUGACGUAUUGGCAGUAUCAGCGCGCCACUGAUGACCGCAAACAAGAGAUCAAAUCAGAGGAACGUUUCAUCCGCACAGACCAGGGCCUGCUGAUCCGCACACUGAACAAGAAGGAUUCUGGGAUAUAUCUGUGCCAGGCGGUGGAGCACGGCUUCAUGCAGACGCUCCUGAAGGUGACCCUGGAGGUCAUUGACACCGAGCGCCUGGAGGAUCUGCUACAUCGCGACGAAGAGGCCACAGCCAGCGUCCCCGCCCAGGAUCCUUCCCCGCCUCAAGAAACUCCCAAUCAAAAGCUGUGGUACAGAGACUUCCUGUCUUUGGUCAAUCACCCGACUCUGAACAGUGUGGACGAGUUCUGCGAGCAGGUUUGGAAAAGAGAGCGAAAGCACAGGAAGCAGAAAGCUCACCUGGUACAGCAAGCACACUUGCACCAGCAGCAGCAGCAGCAGCAGCAGAAGGUUGUGAGCCCUCGCACCCACGUGCACGCUCAGGGGCUGGCAGUGAAGUGGAAACACCUGCAGGAGAGGCAGAAGGGACGCAACCGCAGGACCCAUGAACUGGAGAGGGCUCCCCGCAGUGUCUGACCCACAAUACCUGACUUUUAAACCUGAAACCACACCCUCAUUCUGUAACCUCGAUUAACCACUUUUCUCCUUCAUACCGAGAUACAGACAUCUUCCCCUGAAGACUGGGUAGAAAAGUUAAACUGGAAAAGCUAUCCUGAUCUGCCGGCUGGUGUGUUCUGUGCGUGGGCAGCCAUGUUUACACAGCACAGAGGACUGCAGGGAUGUUGUAUCACACCAGACCAUUUGAGCAUAUUAUCUCAGCUGGCCUCUGUGGCCUGAACACUGCAGAGGGACAGUGUCAACCAGCACAAGAACUGGAUACAUGUACCCGCCCGACAGACAUGACUGACUCCACGUCCAGAUGUCAACGGCAUUGUCUCAUGGCAUGCUAGUUAGGUGUCUUUAUCAGUGUGAAACUAAGUAGAUACCUAAAAAGAAAAAAAAAACCUGACCAUUUCUUUUUUUACUUCACAAAUAUGACAGAAGAGGAGGUGGGAUUGUAUUAAAACAGUAAAUGGGCUUGCAGUGGAAUUACAAGCACAAAAUAAGUGAAGCUCGUGAAAAGCACAAAUGGGAUAUUUGGUCAUUUUUGGCAUUAUAGAUGGUUAAAUCAAUCAACACGAGAAAGAAAAAUGCCCAAGCGCUGCAAGAAACCGGGAGCACCAUUUGUCAACAAACACAACUAUGUAGCUAAGAUGUGUAAAUACUGUAUUCUAUGACGUCUCCUCAUACUAAAGGGAAUGGCUUGCAGUUGUCUUGUUGCUUUAUGUUGUUUCCCCCAGAUAGACAUUUAUUUAAGAAAAAGUCUUUGGAAAGCAGUUGUAAACAGGGAGAUUUUGUACGAGUCUGUGUGUCUACGCCCUAGAUAAGCUUCCCAAACAAAGUCAGGUUUUAUUAUUCUGUUUUGUUCAUCUUUAUUUUUUUUUUGUCCUCAGAUUCCUUCCAGUGUCAACAGUCGUUAAUUUGACUGUCACUUCAUGGGGAUGUCUGCCAACUGCAUCAUCUCAGUGCACCGAAUGUCAUACUGAGUUCUUCCAUGUUCAUUUGAUUUGUAUUCACUUUGUUUCCACUAUAUGUGUAUUUAUUGAUAUACAGUUAUGUACAUUGUGAAAAUGUUUCCAUGUGCAGGCUUUUUUUCUUUUCCUCUCCUCGGUUUGAUAAAUCUGAUUUACAGGACCAAUCUCUUAAAGGAAUACGCCACUCACAAAAUGAUCAUUGGUGUUUCAAUAAGUCAGGCGGUGUUACCUGAAUUUGUGAGGGAAACUUUCCCUGCACGCCUCCAAGGAAAACGGUGAUCGUUUUAAUUAUUGAUUGAUUGGGGACCAUGUUUAAACUACAAAAUCUAAUAGGCAAAACUCGAUCAAAACAUCUGUUUACCAACUCUCACAUAGUUCAUGCAGUAAAAUUAAAGUCUCAUUUAUCCAGGUGAAUGCUCAGUACUUCCCAAACACUGAAAGUGUAACUUAUCUAUGCUCUCUUCAAAGCCAGACUCCAAUACUGGUUUUUUUGGGUGAAAAUUCAUGUUUUAUGAGAGUUUACCUUUGUUAAACUUGGUCCCCAGUCAGUCAUUAAAUGAAGAUGUUCCUGAGUUUAAAGGGAGGACUUUUUCUUCACAAAUUCAGGGUAGCAUAGCAAGACUAAUCAAUAUACAAUUAACUGGUCAAUAUGUGGGCGAAGCAUUCCUUUAAAAUAACUGUAUUAUCACAAAUACUGUAGUAAGACUGGAAGUUGUUUAUCAAUAUUGGUCAAUAUCACAUGCAUUACCUGCAUAUCAAAUGCACUGAGCAAUAACCCAGUAUCUAUACUGUAUUUUUAUCCCACAUUAAUUGCCUCAUAUUCAUAUUCUUCACAGGCAGCGCAGUGUAACAACUUCAUUUCACUGCAUGUAACAUUUUCUGAUUAUAACAAUCCUUUAUUAUACAAUGCACAAACACAAACCUGGAAUGUAGCUGUGAACAUUAUGUAAAUAUAAAUACUAUGGUCUAUGUUUGAAAAGUAUGACACUGUGUACUAGUGCAUGUGAAUACUAUUGUAGUGUUCCCGUUUUGCUAUAGCAAUGAUAUACUAGUCUGGUGUUGUCACCGUUAUUCUGUUGUUUGCUUAUGCAGUACACGAUAUUAACUAUUUCAAAGAUGUACAUACUAUUUCUGUUAGGACUCUAAGCUGUAUAAUUGAUCAUUCCUGAGGUAGGUAUUCAUGAAAAAAAAAAGUUAUAAACAAGAUCUCACUGUGGAUUUUCACGUCCGCAGACCCGUUAACAACAGUGAACAACAACAUUGAACAAUGCCGGUUGAGCAUUGCAACAUCAGUAUGUCAGACGACCUUGUGUCUAGUGAGUGUUUGCGAACCUCAUCUGCUUUUUGGAAGCCAUGAUGGAGGAAGAUGAGAAACAGCUGGAGCCGCCCUUGAGAAAGCGAUUUAAGGCUAACGGGACACCAGAGUUGUGGAACUUUCAGUAGAGAUGGGCAUAUGAUAACAUCAUCAUUACAGAGAUAAAAUAGAGGGUGCCUCACUGUCUCAGACAUACAGUGAACAUGAGGAGAUGAAGUGCUGUUGCUGCUGCUGCUUUUUGGCAUGAUGAUGGUGGUGA